ACCCCGCCCCCCGCUAUGGAGACAAGGAUAAACUUACUUCCGGGUAGCGUGACCUGUAGGAGGCGGCAAGGCAAGUGUGAGAGGCUGGCAAAGUGUAGAGGGGCGGAGCCAAAUUGGAAGGAACCAAGGGAGAGAGAUACCGGGAGCAAGCAAGGAAGCAAGGCUAGGCAGCUCCUAGGAAACAUUACCAUGAAGAGAAUACUGCUGACAAGGCACCCAGCUGCUUUAAUCCUAUGUAACUUCCUGAGCGUACUGCUGCUUUGUGGUGCAACUUCCUCAACACCGGAUUUUGCCGUUUCAAUCCCAGAUGUAGUGACUAUAGAAAAUGGCAGAUCUGAAAAUAUAAGUAUAACUGUUAACUGUCCAUUAAAUGAAUCUGCUGUGUUUAUCCUUAACAUUACUUAUUCGUCAAUGAACAAGACCAUCAUUCAGCUUCCAGAACAAAUUUUCUUACCUGCAAAUUCCCAUGAAUCCGACUUCACCGCAAAAGCAGUUAAUGUUGGGCAGGUUACAGCCUACUUGCAGAGCAACAUUACCCACAAAAUUGGGCCAAGAAUCCGCUUCAAAGUAAUUCACAGCUCCAGUAUAGAAAUACUACAACAGAUCAUUGGCUGGAUCUAUUUCAUGGCCUGGUCUGUUUCUUUCUACCCACAAGUCUUUGAAAACUGGAAGAGAAAAAGUGUUGUGGGGCUGAGUUUUGACUUCUUGGCUUUAAAUCUUACGGGCCACAUAGCGUACGGUGUAUUCAAUCUCGGACUGUUUUGGAUACCGUACGUCAAGGAGCAGUUUCUUGAAUUGUACCCCAAUGGAGUAUUCCCUGUGGAGGCCAAUGAUGUUUUCUUCAGUUUGCACGCAGUUCUACUUACAGCCAUUACAAUUAUCCAGUGCUGCAUAUAUGAGAGGGGCUCACAGACUGUCUCUAAAGGAGCCAUUGGCUUCCUCGUCAUCGCCUGGCUCUUUGCGCUCACUGUGCUGUUUGUGGCCGUAGCUGGCAAGAUCACCUGGCUCCUGUUCUUGUUCUGCUUCUCAUACAUUAAGUUGGCUAUCACCCUCAUUAAAUACUUCCCUCAGGCUUACAUGAAUUUCCGUCGGAAAAGCACAGAAGGAUGGAGUAUUGGGAACGUGCUGCUUGACUUCACUGGAGGGAGCUUUAGUAUUGUCCAGAUGUUUAUACAGUCUUAUAACAAUGAUGAAUGGAACUUAAUAUUUGGCGAUCCAACAAAGUUUGGCCUGGGUGUGUUCUCCAUUGGAUUUGACAUUGUCUUCAUUAUCCAACACUACUGUCUGUACAGGCACAAGCCAGGGUAUCACCAGGUUUAAAAGAAGUAAAUGGACUUAGUGAGGCUCCUUCCUUUUAUAACUUACUGAUAAAAAAAGUAAUUCAAUGAGUUGUUUAUUGUGCCUUUAUCUCCAAACCACUUCCAGGUUAACUUUCACCAGCACAUUCCCCAUGAAGAAACUCUUGGACAGUUUUUUUCCUAUCUGCUGUUUGUGUUUAAUUUUUAGAAGGAUUUUAGUUUUUUAGGUGUAUAAUAUUUUUGUAAAAUCUGAGAGAAAUCAUUAUACAAAGACAGUGUCCCUUUUUGCAGGUGCAUAUUAUUCUAUUUUGGAGAAAUGCCUUGGAGCCAGAGUUUUAAAUCUCUAACUAAAUCAUCAUUUAUAUGUAAUGUUACGGCAUGUAGAGCUAUGGUUUAUGUUUGGUCUAUGGUUAUGAAUGGUCUCUCUCCGGCUCAUAGAACAUUCCUCCUUCUGCACAGAUCCAUAUUCUGUGCCAUUCAUUAUCUCAUGUCUCUAGACCAGGGAUCCCCAACCUUUUAUACCUGUGAGCCACAUUUAAAUGGAAAAAGUGUCGGGGAGCAACACCAGCAUGAAAAAGGUUCCUGGGGUGCAAAUAAGAGCUAUAAUUGGCUACUUAAUAGCACCUAUGUGAACUGGCAGCCUGCAGAAGGCUCUGUUUGGCUUUACACUGGGUUUUAUGCAGCCAAAACUUGCCCCCAAGCCAGGAAUUCAAAAAGAAGCCCCUGCUUUGAGGCCACUGGGAGCAACAUCCAAUGGGUUGGGGAGCAACAUGUUGCUCACGAGCCACUGGUUGGGGAUCACUGCUCUAGACCAUAGGGAAGACAGAGAGUACACCAUGGAUACUGCAUUACUCCAUUACUAUAACAAAGGGACUACAAAGCCUUUUUAUGGGUUUUAGAAAUGAUGUGCCCUAAUUCUGGAUCUGUUUUCCUUUUGGAUUCCAUUCUGCAAAGCAUGUAUUGUAGCUUGUUCCCACAAGUGGUUCAACAGUUCCUGCAAAGAAAAUGGCAACAGUUUGUUUCUAGAAGAUAUUUGCUGUUAGAGCAGAGAUUUCUCAUCUGUAGGUCAGGGCCAAGAAUAGGUUCCGGUGAUGCCUUUGAUACAGUAAUGGUAGAUAAUAGUAAAUAACAAUAGGGAUACACUGAAUCCAGCAUUGGGUUUCAGAUUUGGCCAAAUCUUAGCACUUUUAGCAGGAUUUAUUUUCUAUAGGUUUUCUAUAUUUUUAUUUUACCACCUGGCUCUGGAUAACUGAAUGUGACAAUAUUUUUGUUUGCAACUUUUUUAUUUUUCUGAAACUUGAAUAUGUAAUUUAGGGCUAAGAUCGUUGGGAUUCGGACAAUUUUGAUGUACUACCAUGAGGUACAGUGAAAUAAAUUGAUGGUAUGUGUGGGCAGUUACGGGCUGGAAAUUUUUACCACGAUUCAAAAUGAUUUGCACUUUAAAAGCACUUGAAUUCAAAACAUGAUUUCCAGAGCAAUUUUUUGCAUACAGUCCUUCUACUGCAUACUGCACUGCAGCCUAAAAAGGGAUAUAAAGAAACAAAGUACAAUUUUCAGUACAUCAAUGGUGUCCAGACAAAACCAACCAAUGUCCACAUACUAUGGGUUUUUGUUGAAUUGUUGUAUGGAUAAUGGUUCAUUUCCUGCUGUUUGUGAUCACUCAGACUGUAAGUCCGAACGAAAGGAACAAGAGAAAGGUGGUUAUACCAUGUAUGUCCCCUAGAAUGAUUUCUGUCCAUUUGGCACAAGGGUCAAUCAGUUGGUCGGCCUGUGUUUGUGCUUUGCAGCCAGUUUUAUUAGCCAAAGUAAUUAGAGAUCAAUCUGUCUCACACCAGUCUGUUCAUUCUGCUGGGAAAGUGCAGGCAGGAUAUGUAGAGAUGGAAAAAGAUUCAGAGAUGGGAAAAACAGAGGCAACAGUUCCAGCGUUUAGGAGAUUCCAUACUAAUACUAAAUAGUGUCAAUCUCUUACAUCCUUCAACGAAGGUGCUCAGUGUCCUCUGCCGGGGUCUGUGCCUUUCCCCAUGUACAUGGCACUUCAGGAACUUGGCCAUUUUCCCUGACCUUCUUGCAAGCCAGGAAAUCCAAAUAUAAAACUUGAAUAUGAAGGUUUUGACGUGAGCAUCUCUCAGCCCGAGGCAAAGGGCAAGUGGGAAAUGAAUAUGAGUCACAUUCUCCCAGCAGUGUGUGUCUGGCUGGCUCCCUUGUUAAAAGCAGAUAACAAAUUAUGUCACAUCACUUGAACAGAGAUCCCUUCUGGAACAUUUGAGGCACUUGUUUGCCGGCAGUGACAGAUUUAGCAGCAGAAAAUAACAGGAACUAUUAUAAUGGGGAGUUGAAGUAGCAAUGGUUUUGUGCCAAUGAAAAGACUUGAUAAAUAUGCCUAAAACUUACAGCACUUCUGAACACAAGCCAUAAAAUGAAAAUCUUUUAUAAGUGUCUGAUGAUUUGCAGUUUGUCAGACUAUUCACAUUUUUCAUGUGUAUAUAUUUUAAAAAUUGUACUAUAAUAAAUGAUUUGUUAAUCAAA